AUGCCGAGCGCCGUGAGCUCAGAGGAGGAACAGGAGCUGCUGGGGCGCCACGGCGCACUGCUCACCGGCCUGGCCGAGGUCCUCGGGCAGGACGCCCGCACCGAGGGCGCCGCGGCCGCGGCGUCGCCGUCACGGUGGGUCGGCACAGCCAGGGGCCGCGAGGAGGAGGAGGUCCCAGCGGUCGUCGCCUGCGAUGCGGGGGCCGGUGCGAGGCCCUGUACAGCAAGUGGCAUCCGCCUCGGCCUGGCUGGGAGCUCGGGCGCGAGGAGCACCGCGGAGCUCACCGAGCACGCCCUGAGCGAGCGCGGGCUGGACGCGAGCGCGUCCCCCUGGAUGGAGCCGAGGCCCAGAUCAGGCGGCGGCGAGGUCAGCCAGGUGAGGGCGACGGCAGAGAUCACCCAUCACGCCUUGCGAGACCGCGGGUUAAACUCGGCUCUCUUCAGGAUCGGCACGCAGGUUCGCAAAUCGGAGUUUUCCGGUGCAGAUACCAACAGCAUCUCCCGAUCGAAGGUUGCUGUGGUGCAGCGC